AUGCCAUUCUCAGAGAAGUUGCUGUACCAGUUUCUCACCAUUUUUACGCUGUUUAUGCUGAUCUUCUAUUGUGGAUUCCUAGUGAGCUACUUUGUCCUGAGCAAGUACUAUUUCUUCUGUACAACCAGCUACCAGAUCAUCCAAAAGAGUAAGGUGUGUGAUGAGCAAAAGAAUUGUAUCUUUGGAGAAGAUGAGCAGGAUUGCGUGAGGAGUUUCUCCAAUUAUAAAAACAUGCCCCUGAUAGGAGUCCGGCUCUCCAAGGACAGGUCCACUCUACUGGUGUUACACAGACAGACACAACUCUGGUUCUCAGUCUGUUUUGACAACUUUCAACAAGCCUGGGCUGAAAUUGCCUGCUCUGAGAUGGGCUUUAACAGGUCCAAAACGAAUCCAGUUUUCCAAGCUGUGAGGAUUCGCUCAAAGCAGCAGUUUCCUGUCAGUCAUAUCACAGCCUUAGACCAGAAGCUUCACGUGUGGGAUUUCUCAAGGCCCUGCCUCUCAAUGGCCCUGGUUGCCCUUCACUGCACUGACUGUGGAAGGAAUCCGUAUGGUUCCAAGGUGGUCGGCGGUGAAAGUUCUAUGAAGAACUGGCCCUGGCAGGUCAGCAUUCAGUACAAGAAGAUUCAUGUCUGUGGUGGCUCCAUCCUUGAUCACUACUGGAUCCUAACUGCUUCCCACUGCUUCAGACAAUCUUCUAUCGUGUCCUUCUGGAAAGUAAAGGUCGGCUCUCGUUUCCUGUAUGCCAGGACUCCAUACUUGGACCUAGACAAAAUCUUUAUUGUCGAGCGCAACAUUUUUAACUUCAAAAAGAAUGACUUGGCCCUGAUCAAGCUGAAAAGGCCUCUUGUUAUGUCAGAUAGAGUCAGCCCCAUCUGUCUGCCAUUCUUUGAUGAGGAGCUGGCUCCAAGGACUUCACUCUGGAUUAUAGGCUGGGGUUACAAAAGUGAGACAGAAGAAACGUUUCCUGCAAUCUUGCAACAGACGAACGUCCAACUCAUUGACAGAAAUGAGUGCAACAAGGAAGAUUCAUAUUUUGGGACAAUUUCUGAGAGUAUGCUAUGUGCUGGUAGCCCUGAUGGCUCCAGUGAUGCAUGCCAGGGUGACAGUGGUGGGCCUUUGAUGUACUUCAGGGGAAAAUGGCACAUAAUAGGCAUAGUGAGCUGGGGUAUUGGCUGUGGGAAUCCCAACUUCCCAGGUGUGUACACCCGUGUCAAUUUCUUUCUCGACUGGAUCUAUCACAUCCGGAAGGUAGAUGUCCCCAAACAGGGGAAAUGUCACCAAACUCUGGGAUGUCACCAAAUUGGGCAGAGGUCACCAAACUGGGGAAAAUCACCAAACAAGGGAAAAGUCACCAAACUAGGGUAUGUCACCAAACUGGAAAAAUGUCUCCAAACUGCGGAGAUAUCAUCAAACUGGCGAGAUGUCACCAAAAUGAGGAUGUACCCAAACAGUGGGGAGAAGUCACCAAAAUUGGCAGAUGUCACCAAACUGGGAAGAUGUCUCCAAACUGAGGAGAUGUCCCCACACUGGGGAGAAGUCACCAAACUAGGGGAUGUCACCAGACUGUGGGGAGAAGUUCCCAAAUUGGGUAGAUGUCCCCAAACUAGGAGAGAAGUCACCAAACUGGGAAGAGAAGUCAGCAAGCUGAGGGAAGACGUCACCAAUCUGUGGGGAGACAUCAUCAAAGUAUGGGAAACCCGGGUAGAAUCCGAGAAGGUGGGUCCUAGAGGGGGCUGCCUUUGGCAAAAUGAGAAGAGUGAGUGUGCUUAUGGGGAUGUUGGGGAUGUUGGGAGGACCCAUCCAGGAUCAGUGAUCUGGAAUAAGACCCUGGUCAGCUCUCUUGGGAAGACACCCGUCCAUCUGGGAUAG